CACCACAGUCAAACCCGACUCGCGACGUGCAGGUCGAGCGCGCCGAUAUUUACAAACAUGGACGUUGUUCGCAUGCUGGAGUCGUAUCGGGGGAGGGACAAAAUCGUCCGCCUCUGUACCUACGCCGCAAUGUUGCUCGGUGACAGCGGCAGGGGGAACAUUCACAAGAAGCUCUUGCUGAUUUCAGCCGAGUUAGGGGGCGCUAGGAUGACCAUGCGGCUGUUUGAUGACCUGUCAAUGCUAUUCUCCAAUCUCAAAUAUGGGACGGGUUCAAAGGAGAAGAACCUCCUGGUGAGGGCGAUGCAGCUGGUAACUAACAUAACCUACCAGAUUUUCUACCCGGUAGAACACAUUUACUGGCUGACCAAUAAAAACAUCCUGACCUCCUUCGUUUCCUGGAAGUGGGUUGUGGGAAGUAUUCUCGCCUGGGCCGUAGCUUUGAUGGCAGACAUUGUCAGGUUGAUAACCAAGAUAGUCACUCUAAAGAAAGAAGUGAAUGAACUUAGAAAACAGCAACUACUACAGUCAUCAGAUGAAAGUGAAGACCAGGUGAGAUCAGAAAGGAAGACAACUGCUAUCAAAGAAAUCCGCGAGAGUUAUCUAAUCUUGAUACAGAACAUGGCAGACUUUGUUAAUGCUAUCAGCUGGCUCCCACCGGGACUGAUCUUAUGGUCUGGGAAAUUGUCCCACUUCCAGAAUGGAAUAUUUGGAAUGAUUUCUUCCUUGAUAAUGCUGUAUAGAGCCUGGCCUGAGAAAGAGAAAACAUCCUAAGUAUUACACAUACUAGUAUGGCAUGUAUGAGAUUUACAUGUAU